CUUUAUUUUCGUUAUUGUGACACAGACGUUUUUCAGAAUGAGCGCAUUGUGGAUUUUCCUGUUGAUUUCCGUCGGUCCGAUGGCAAUCCGAGGACACGUCGAGUUCAACAAUGUGAUCUGCAACGUGCGCGACAAGAUGUUCAUGGGCUUUGAGUACUGCUACUUGAAGUCCGAAAAUCGCACCUACAAGUACCUUUCGCUAAAGACCAGGAUAAACCACCUGCCCCUCGACAACUGCCAGACCAGGUUCCAGCUGAGGAUGCGCGAGAACAGGCGCAUCCCGUACAACUUUGACUUCAACGUGGACUCCUGCAAGUUCAUGCGGGAGCGCAAGCACGUGAUCGCCAACUGGGUCUACCAAUCCUUCGCCGCCUACUCGAACAUCAAUCACACCUGUCCCUACGACCACGACAUCGUGGUGGACAAGCUUCCCGUGCAGCACAUGAACAAGAUGGUCCAGUCGAUCAUUCCCGAUGGCAGAUACAUGAUGAACAGCACCUGGGUGAUUGCGGGCAUUCCGCGCACCGAUGUCCUCCUAUACUUCACCAAAAGCUGAACAGAGGUUCUCCAAUAAGUAAAUUCCAAAAAUGUCCACUCCCGUAACCAGAAAUAUUAAGGUCCUUUAAGGUCCAGUUUCAACAUAGUAAGUAUAAACGAAUCUCAUGGGGAUGUACUUGUCACAUUACUGAGA